AUGAACACAAACGACAUCAUGGACUUCGGUGAUCAACCCAGCUUCCGCGACCUCUCCUUCUUGGAGCCUGUUCCAGAAACAUCAUCUGCCGAAGUCGACUUUUCCUCCCUCCGGGACAUCUCCAAGAGAUUCAGAGACGAGUUGAAACUCCAACAUGCUAGCGAAUGCAACGACAAGCCCUUCCCACUGUCAGAGGAAUGCAGGAGUUGGAAGUACGGAUGCCCGUCACGGAGUAAGCAGCUUGAGGCACUAGAACACGCAAUGAAAUUGGUCUCAGAUAGAAAUAGACAGCCAAUCCUGGCAGCGACUGGCGAUGAACUGUUGUUGUAA